GAUCGAAAAAGAAAUUUCAAAAAACUGAAAAUUCAGCCGAAAUCAGAGGAUUGGUUUGGUGGGUCAAACCCAAUCCUCUACCUCCCUCCUUCCUUCCUUCCAUUUCUCUCUCUCUCUCUCUCCGCCGACUCUGAGUCCCCUCCUCCUCCAAGAUCAGAUCUGUUCAUCCUCCUCCAUCACAAGAAAAACCUCGCUUCUCAAUCUCCGCCAAUCCACAAUGAUUACAAUUCCAUACUUGACCGCCUUGACCACUCUCUUCAGCUACGGUCUCCUCUUUGCCUUCGGCCAAUUCCGCGACUUCUUCCGUAAAAUCAUCGAUUGGUGUAAGGCCAGCAAUCUUCAGGGUUAUGCGCCGAUCUGCUUAGGGCUCGAGGAUUUCUACCUUAGGCGGCUGUAUCUUCGUAUUCAGGACUGUUUUAACCGACCAAUAUCAAGUGCUCCUGAUGCAUGGUUUGAUGUGAUUGAGCGUGUCUCAAAUGACAAUAACAAGACCUUAAAGCGAACCACAAAGAUAAGUAGGUGUCUUAACUUGGGAUCAUACAAUUACCUUGGAUUUGCUGCUGCAGAUGAAUACUGUACACCCCGUGCGAUUGGGGCUUUGAAGAGGUUUUCUCCGAGCACGUGUAGUUCCCGUGUUGAUGGAGGCACCACAACAUUACAUACCAAACUGGAGGAGUAUGUUGCAAGCUUUGUUGGAAAGCCAGCAGCCAUAGUCUUUGGCAUGGGCUACGUGACAAACUCUGCCAUCCUUCCUGUCUUGGUUGGAAAGGGAGGGUUAAUUAUCAGUGACUCUCUGAACCACAACUCCAUUGUCAACGGUGCUCGUGGAUCAGGAGCCACCAUUCGGGUUUUCCAACAUAACACACCAUCCCACUUGGAGAGAGUUUUAAGAGAACAAAUUGCUGAUGGACAACCCAGAACACAUAGACCAUGGAAGAAGAUAAUUGUUGUUGUGGAGGGGAUAUACAGCAUGGAGGGUGAACUCUGCAAACUUCCAGAGAUUGUUGCCAUUUGCAAGAAAUAUAAGGCAUAUAUUUAUUUGGAUGAGGCUCACAGCAUUGGAGCAGUUGGGAAAACAGGAAGGGGUGUCUGUGAGCUUUUAGGAGUGGAUACAGCUGAUGUGGAUAUUAUGAUGGGAACUUUCACAAAAUCAUUUGGAUCAUGCGGUGGUUAUAUUGCAGGAUCUAAGGAUCUUAUUCAAUAUUUGAAGUACACUUGUCCUGCUCAUCUCUAUGCCACAUCAAUAUCACCUCCAGCUGCAGAACAAAUUAUUUCUGCCAUUAAGGUUCUGCUUGGGGAGGAUGGUUCUAGUAGAGGGGCUCAGAAACUUGCACGGAUACGGGAAAACAGCAAUUUUUUCAGGUCAGAACUACAGAAGAUGGGCUUUGAGGUCCUAGGAGACAAUGAUUCUCCUGUAAUGCCUAUAAUGCUCUACAAUCCAGCAAAAAUCCCUGCUUUUUCACGAGAGUGUCUGAAACAGAAUGUGGCUGUUGUGACAGUUGCGUUUCCAGCUACCCCUCUAUUGUUGGCUAGGGCACGCAUUUGCAUUUCUGCUUCUCAUACCAGGGAAGACCUUCUCAAAGCCUUAGAGGUGAUUGUCUAUCUAUAGAUUUCUUGUUAAUUUUCUUUUCCAUGCUGCUCG